AGUCAUUAUAUGCGCUUUGAUUCUGACGUCAAAUAUCCUCAACCCUAUGUGUCUCUUUCAUUAUAACCAUUAUGACAUUCUAUACCCCCCAUGUUCCUCAAUAUCGCUUUUCUGAUGAUGCCAGUCCAACAUCGCACACACCACCUCCAUUGCAUUUGGGUCCCACUCGGCUUGCAUCAUUGCAUGGCCUUGAAUAUUCUCCUGGAUUAUUGGAUUCAAAUGACAGCUUAGAGCAUCAGGACGACUCUUCUCUUUUUCAGGUGGUGGAUAUAUGCAACGCGGGAAACACUCGCAUUGUCGCAUUACAGAAUCGUGUCAAUCAACUUCAACUUGAGCUCGUUCAAGCCAAAACUGCAUUUUCAACGCUAGACUCCCCCCCGAUCGAUAAGAACGACUAUCCCGAUGUGCUAUUCUGGACACGGCUCAAACAGAAGGGAAAGCGCGGACCUGCAGCUUUCCUAGAAGACGAGAAUGGUGAGCCAAUUACAGAAGAAUCACUUGACACCAUCCGCAAAACUAUUCGUGGCCUCUGGUUUGACAAAACGAUACACUCGACUAGAACGCUGUUCCACAGCAUCAUGGAAGAGAAGCACCCUCUUUUUAGAUUUGCAAUGGACGGCUGGAAGUUGGACUUAUUGUGCAGCACAGCCUAUCCUUCGUGGCGCAAGAACCAUCUUGACGCCGAUGGUAAUCUCUUGAAGCAGUCAAAGAAAGUCAAAGAAGAAGACAACGACAUCAACUACCGUCGCGGUACAAAGCGAACUUGCAGCCCUAAUUUUGAGGGCGGCAGUGCUUUGAAGCGCGUGAAAGUAGCUGAGUCUGUGAACCUUUUGACCACAGUCAAAGGCACAUCCGCUCUCAUUGUCAAAGGCAAAUCUGUUAGCCCUCUCACUGUUGAAUCCGAAGGCGAAUCUGUUUGCCCACUCGUUCUUGAGUCCCACUCAGACAGCACUGUCGAACCCGAGCCAACACUCGAAGACAACACCACCAGCGCUGCUAGUAGCGUUGCGAGUCUGGCACCUGUAGUGUCUCCAAUACCACCCCCCGAUGCGAGUCUGGCACCUGUAGUGUCUCCGAUACCACACCCCGAUGCGAGUCUGCCAUCUGUAGUGACUCCAAUACCACCCCCGUCACCCACAGCCGAGAAAGAAAACCAACCACCGACUCAUGGCUGCAUUGUUUUGACGAAUCCCCUUAUGGGUUUGACCCGUCGGCCAUUGGUGAAAUCAGCUGUACCGACAAGCGCGACUGUACCGACAAGUGCGACUGUACUGACAAACCAUUUUAAGUUUGAAGCUGGGACUGCCGUCCACUUCAAAGACCACGGUCCCACAAACAUUCCUCUCGCGCCUGGUAACCCUGCUGCACUCCCUCAGGUGAACGAUGCUCCUGCCACUGGGACUACUUCAUCUUCGAAGAAGCCUGCAAAAAUGCGGCCAGGUCCAACGAAGAAAGGGCGGAACCUUUGUGCCUUGCGCUGGCUUAAACAGGUUACACCUGGUUCCACCAACGAAUUCAAUGCCUAUUAUUCUACAUUGAAUGAGGCGCAGAUCCAGGUAUUAUGACACUGAUUCACUACUAUAUCCUUUCAUGGAUUCUACUAACACUUUUGUCCGCAGUCUUAUGAUAGGGAGGCUGGAGAACUGGAAAAGGCAGGGCGCUGGACGAAGAACAGUGAUGUCGUCGACGGUCUCAUGUAUUAGCUUGCCUGGUAUCGCCUGCUGGUUGCCUCCCGAUUGCUUGUGUUUGCUUGUCUCCCUCGCCUGUCCACAUCAUUCCUGUUCUUUCGCUGUCGCCUGCUGGUUGCCUCCCGAUUGCUUGUGCUUGCUCAUCUCCCUCGCCUGCCCACAUCAUUCCUGUUCUUUCGCUGUCGCCUGCUGGUUGCCUCCCGAUUGCUUGUGCUUGCUCCGGUUCCGCAUUAUCAUUAUUGUCCUAUAUGGCCCUAUCGUGUGUUUUAUGAUCGUGGACUGAAGCAUUUGUACUAGUAGAUUAUAGCACAAUUGAC